GGGAGGGGCGGCGUGCAAGAGGCGCCUGUGCUCUGGCUGGCUCGCGCCCUCGGCGGCCGCCUGUACCGUCGAUGCCGCCGUUUGCGCGCCGGAGGGAGGCAGUGGCACCCCGCGCGACCGCCCUCGCUCCCGUUGCAGGCCCGACUCGGAGCUCCUUAUCCAAAUCCCAGCCAGCCUGGAGAGAUGUGGAAGCCAGGUGAACAGGGCUCGUGAACCAGCUGAACCUUGAAGCUGAAUGGAAAAGUUACAGAAGCAAUUGACUUCCCCGGGGAGUGUUGGUUCAUCCCGGGGAUCCAGUGUCCCAGGGUCACCCUCCAUCAUUGUGGCCAAAAUGGACAAUGAAGUCCUGGCAUACAAGGACUUGGCAGCAAUCCCCAAGGACAAGGCGAUCCUAGACAUAGAGCGUCCGGACUUGAUGAUCUAUGAGCCCCACUUCACCUACUCUCUCCUGGACCAUGUGGAGAGGCCAAGGAGCAGAGAGCGCUCCCUCUCGCCCAAGUCUCUGUCUCCUCCGCCUUCUCCAGAAGUCAUCCGGGACUGGAUGGAGAACAAGUCUCCGGGAAGCACCUCCCAGGUGGUUAGUCGGAGUGCCAGCGGCUCCAGUCGCAGCGGAGUUCACCACUUCCACCGUCCUGAUACCAACACAGCAGAGAUGAACAUUUACAAGAAGCCUCCAAUCUACAAGCAAAAGGAGCACUCAGCGGCACCAACUCCGCAGAGCAAACACAUGAUAGAGGGCCUGAUCAUAGAGUCCUCCAAGUUCCCAGCAGCCCAGCCCCCAGACCCAAACCAGCCAGCCAAGAUCGAGACAGACUAUUGGCCCUGCCCUCCCUCUCUGGCAGUCGUUGAGACUGAGUGGAGGCAGCGGAAGGCUUCUAAGAGAGGUGAGGAAGAAGAUGAGGACCUCACAACGGAAAUGAAGAGCCUGCGGGAGCUGCAGAAACAAGAGCUGAGCAAGAUCGGCUCCAACUUAGGCAAGCUCAUCCUGAAGGAAGAGAUGGAGAAGUCAGUCCCCAUCCGGAGGAAAACCCGCUCCCUGCCAGACCGAACCCCGUUCCACGCCUCAAUGCAUGGAGGAAGCUCCAAAUCCUCAUCCCUUCCUGCCUAUGGGAGAAGCACUCUUGCCCGGCUACAGUCAACAGAGUUCAGCCCAACUGGAAGUGAGAAGGGCAGCCCAGGUCUGCAGAAUGGCCAGCGAGGACGGAUGGACAGGGGGAACUCCCUUCCCAGUAUGCUGGAGCAAAAGAUUUACCCGUACGAAAUGCUGACGGUGACAAAUCGAGGUCGCGUGAAACUGCCUCCAGGAGUAGACAGAACGAGACUAGAGAGACACCUCUCCCCCGAGGAUUUCCUACGUGUCUUCGAGAUGCCACCAGAGGAGUUCGCCAAGCUGGCCCUGUGGAAGCGGAAUGAGUUGAAGAAGAAAGCCUUCCUCUUCUGAUCCCCCUCUGAGCCGAAGGGCUCAGUGUGAACUCCAUGUAUGUCACGCCGUCUUACAUCACAGACGCUUUAGGGCUAUGACUGAGCUGGUUCCAAGGAACUUUCCCCUUCUGUUCCACACACCCCACUUGCUGCAGAAGCAGCUCCGAGCCUGAGUCUGGUAGAAGGUAGAGAGAAGCAGGCUCAGAGGAGAAAAGCAGGAGCCCAGCCUUCCCUAGGUGGGGCACAGGAGACCGCCUGCACAGGCAAGAGGAAAGGGGUGGAAAGAGGGGUGUGUGCUCUGCCCUCCCAAGUCCAGCAGUGUUUGACAGGGCUCAUCGGAAGCUCCAACCAAACACACCCACCCUGCCUGACUUUUGCUUGUAGGCAUCCAAGGCAAGACGGUCGAGAGACAGACCGUCAGGACCUACCCUGUCUCUGCUGGAGCAGCAUCUCACCUGGGCACAGCUCUUGGGUUAUCGGAUUGUCACACAGAAACACUUGACUGCAAAUAUUUGCAGGCUCUACUGCACCUCAAAACCUUAGUCUUUGCUAACCCUUUGCCUUUCCACAGAACGUAUCACUGGUUUCCUCCCUGCCCGCUCCCCGACUCUCCCAGCCCGGCCAGGCUGCUAGUAACAGAAACAAUCCAAUGCCUCCAGCAGUGCCCUGCAGAAUGAAGGAGGGAAUAUAGCCUCGCCUGCCUUCUCUUGUCUUUCAGUGUUUGCCCUUUCUGUCUCUGUCCCUAGCUUGACUGCCUGUCCCUUUCUGAGAUGCUUCACCUUCAGCUCAGUGUUUCGACUCUUGCAAACCACACUCUCCCAAACUUGCCUUCCUCUCUCCUUCAGCGUUCAAAUGCUGCCGCUGUUGCCUGGGCUGCCAAAGCAACUCAAGAGAAGGCAGAAAAGUGCCCAGAGCUACAAGCUACUGGAGAGCUUGAACCUCUGUGGGACAGCUUUCCUGCUCUGUCGAGAAUGGCUAUUUUGCCUCCAUGGAUGCUGAGCUGUUUCAGCCUCUUCAGGCUCCUGAGCCACUUCUCUCUGCCCGGCCUCCAGCUAGUCUAACACUGCUGUGCCCAGGCUGGAUCGUUCAGAUAAGUCAAGGGAGAGGAGGCUGAAGGCAAGGAAAGGAAGAAGAAGAAGAGUUGGAUUUAUAUCCCCCCUUUCUCUCCUGUAGGAGACUCAAAGGGGCUUACAAACUCCUUUUCCUUCCAGGUAUGUGACGUGGGUGGGGCUGAGAGCUCAG